GACAGGAUGGAGUUUGUAUGCAUAAGGUGGAGAGCGAAGUUCUCUGUUCUGCUUUUGCACACCUUUACCUGGGGCUGGACAGGUCAUGCACGAGCACUUGACCCCGCCCCCAAGAUUGAUGGACACCAACACUCUGAGGUCACCGUGCAAGAAAACAUCACUCAUAGUUUCAAUUGCCAAUCAGAGGGCUGGAGUCCACAAGCCCCACCCCUGCUCACCUGGUACCUCAAUGGUGAGAGACAGAGUGAGGUUUCAGGUAGCCGGGGACCGGGGCGUCUGGUGAUGACAUCACCGAAUAACAAGGGAACGAUGAAGUACAGUGCAGAGCGAAACAGCACAUUUACUCUCCGGCCCAGGAAGUGGGAUCGUGAGCUGGUGUGUGCCGCCUCGAACCCGCAUGGUAUAGAGAGCUACAACGCCACUGUUGUCCUUAAUGUUCAGUUUCAGCCAGAGAUUCUGCGAGUCAAUGCCCACUACAGCGAGACCUCUGACCCUGGGAUCUCCUUGGUGCUCUUUGCAUUGGUUCGCUCCAAUCCCCCCGCCACCAUCACGUGGGUGGAUCAAUCCGGCCAACUGGUAGCCAACACCUCCGACUUCCUCAUCCUGGACUCACGGAGCUACCCCUGGCUGGCCAAUCACAGUCUACAGGUCAUGCUGAGCAGCCUAUCAGGAAACGUCUCGCUCAGUGUCAACAAUAGCCUUGGCUCCACCCACACCAACCUGACGCUCACAGAAUUCCUGCAGUCUCGGGUGGAAGUGCCGGUGCUUGGGAUUGUCACAGGUGGUGUUGCAGGCUUCGUCACUCUCCUCAUCCUCACUCUGAUGGUGCUCUGCCUUCUGCAUAAGGACAAAACCAAAAUCAUUGAGGAACCAGUUGCAAUUACCAUGACCCAAGAAUGUAACAGAUCAGACAAAGUGCAGGUGAACAGAGUGUAUCUACCACGUGAGAACAUGUCGCUCCCCUCCAACAUGCUGCUCAAUGAACACCGUGCACUCUGUAAAGGACAGCUUCCGAACUCCAAACAGAGCACUUUAACACGGAAGACGAAAACAGAGGAGGAGGAAGAGGACCUCUCGUUGGCCUACGCUGCCAGAGGUUUCGCCAGAUACCCCAUGGUCGGUUACAUCUACAAAGUAAACAGCACAAGCAGCGAAGAGAUCUGGCUUUGAUUGUAUUUCUCAACACACGUAUUGCAAACAGGUCACACACUCCUCCCACGAUGAAUUUGUCCUUGCUAGAUUUUAAUAUUUAAAAAAAAAAAAAAAUUAGUCUCGCAA